AUGGAUUAAGUCAAUGCUAUGUAGUAAUACAUAACAAAAUUAAAAACAGCUCUUACAGAUCUACAAUCAAAAAAUAAAGAUUUAGAAUAAAAACUUGAUCAAGAACAUAAACUAGUUUAAUCUUUAGAAGAAAAAUUAGAAUACACAGAGAAAAAAUUAUCAAAUGAAAAAGAAUAAGUUGAAGUAUUAGAAAUUAAGGUUGAUGAAUAUGAAAAAAAAUUAAAAAGCAUUUCUGAUACAAAAGUAUCAAUAAUUUUAUAUUUAAGAAACCAAGUUUUUUAGGAAAAGUUUUUAAUAAUUCUUAAUUAGAUUAAUUGACUAUUAAAAUAAACUAAGCUGAAUAAUCAUUAGAUUUAUAAAUUUAAGAGAAUGAAAAAUUACAUGCUUAAGUAUUCACCCUUAAAACACAAUUAGAUUUAUUAGAAAAUAAGUUUGAAGAAGAAUAAAAAUUAGCUCAAUAAAAAUUCUCGAAAUUAAAGUCUUAUUAUCAAUAAGAAAAACUUAAAAAGGAAGAUCUAGAAAAAUAAAUUUAGUAAUUAAAUCUAGUGCAAACUGGAUUAAAAUAUGAAAUUAAUCAACUGAAUCAAUAAAUUGAUUAGUUAAAAAAAGAUAUCGAUAAUAAAUAAUAAGAGUUCUUGUCUACUCAAUAAUUACUUGAUAAAAAUUAUGAUGAUAUGAAAAAGUUGACUCAAGACCUCAUUAAUCAAUAAUAAGAUAUGUAUAUAUUUAAACUAAAAAUAGCCGAUAAUUAAAAUAGGAAAAAGAUGAGUUCUAGAAUUUUGUUCAAGAAAUUUAAAAUUUUGUCACAGGAUUGUCUAUUGAUUAAUAAUAUUAAGAGUUAUUUAGUAGUUUAAGUGAAAUAAUUUAAAGGAUACAUAAGCCAACAUUUGGAAAGGAAUUAUUCUUACAAGCAAAACCAGGUAAUUAUGAGAUCUUUAAGUUGGCUUAAGAAAAAAUACUAAAACUAGGAAAAAAAGUAUUAGUUCAUAAAUAUCAUAGAAUGAACAAUUAAUUAAGUAGAAUAAAUUAUUAUAAGAUAAAUUAUAAUUGUAAAAGACUAAGUAAGAAUGAAAUUAAUAUAUCUAUUAAUAAAAGAG